UUGCAGGGAAUGCUGGUAAAACUUUCCUCUGCAAUCACUAAGACAGAUGAAAAGCAUAUAGACAUGUUGAGAGUUCUGUACACAGAUCUGGUGAUUGCUAAAACAGACUUGGAGGCAGCUGAAUCUGCAUACGAUUUAUUUAAGUUACUAAUAGCACCAGGUAUUCUGAAGCCAACAGAUAUUUCAGUUUUGUUUGAAACGAUUGAAAUAACUGGAUUUAGAUAUUUAAAAGAGAUAAUCGAGACGUAUGAAACAUAUCCAAGUGAAGUGAAAUUAACACGAUUUUCAGAACAUCGUCAAAAUGUUGUUGAUCUUGGAAGACGCUUUUCAGUUAAAGAUGUCCAAAGGCUUAGUCAACUAUACAGAGGCAACCGUCCUUUUGCUAAUCAAUGGAAAUUGAUAGAAGAUCUUGAAACAGAUGUUUUAACUGAAGAUAAUAUGUCAACAUUUCUUCAAUGUUUGAGGGAGCAUGAUGUAAACAAAGGAAGUGGAGAAGCAUCAACAUCAAAAAGAAAAAUGUCAGACAAAGAUACUGGAGAAGCAUCAACAUCAAAAAGACAAAUGUUAGAAAAAGGUAGUGGAGAAUCAUCAACAUCAAAAAGAAAUAUGUCAGACAAAGAUAUUGGAGAGGCAUCAACAUCAAAAAGACAAAUGUUACAAAAAGGUUAUGGAGAAGCAUCGACAUCAAAAAGGCAAAUGUCAGAGAAAGAUGUAAUUAUUAGAGAUUUCCUGACUAGAAGGCAGAAAAAUUUGUAUCAGGAUGUGAAUCUAAUGACACCAACAAUCUGGCAUGAAGAUCAUGAAGUAGAUAUUGCACAAGUAUUUACUGAACUCGUCUUAAUGCAAUCUACAAAAAAAGACAGAAAAUCAAAAGCCAUCUCAUCAUUUAUAAAAUUCAAAGGUAGAUCCACAUCAUUAAAUGAGGUGUUAGAUGUUAUUAAAUCAACAGAAUCAUGUAAGGUAUUAAUUACAGGAAAAGGAGGAAUGGGUAAGACUACCCUUCUUCGAUAUAUUGCCUAUCAGUGGGCUUCUGAUGGUGUAUAUAAUGCCUUUGCUAAUAAAUUACUGUUUCUGAUAAAUAUCAGAGACAUUAAAGCAAAUGAAUCAUUUUAUGACAUAAUGACAAAGAAAUUUGAUUUAAAAGCAUUAUUAUAUGAACACAACUUACCAGCUGAUGCAGUUGAAGCUUUUCUGGUCAUCAAUGCUGACAAAAUAGUGAUUUUGUUAGAUGGAUAUGAUGAGUUAGAAAGAGGUGCUAAAGAUCCAAUAAAUCUAUUUGAGGGGACUGAAUUAGAAAAAUGCACCGUGUUGAUGUCAUCUCGACCUGACAGCACAGUUAAAUUGAUUAAAUGCUGUGAUGUGCAUAUAAAAGUAAAAGGAUUCAGUCGGAGAAACAUCAAGAAAUAUAUUCAUAAUCAUUUUCACUCACUCUGUAAAGCUGAAAUGGGAAUGUCACUAAUAAGUGAGUUCGGACUUAAUGCUGUUGUUGAGGAUGAUAAUGAUGAGGAUGACAGUAAUGAUUAUGAUGAGGAUGAUAGUUAUGAUUAUGAUGAUUGGGAUGUAGAUCAAUAUCAUUAUAAAAAUUUAAACCGAGCAUUUGAGUUGUGCUCAUCUCCACUGUUACUGCUUAUGAUUUGCGACAUAUGGCAUUAUAGACAGUGCCUUCCAUCAGAUUUGUCAGGUCUUUUCAAGGAAUUAUUUUGUGCCUUUUUAAAUCAGUACCAAAACAGGGGUGGCAUAAAACAUUCUAUUUCCCAAUUUGACAGAAUUCCAGAAAUAUAUACAGAUGCUAUUCAAGUAUUGGGAGAGUGUAUGUAUGGAAGUUUAAAGGAAAAUAAACUGUCUAUUGACAAAUAUAUUUUGUCAAAGAUAGCAAAAAAUGAAAAAUUGGUUUGUUUAGCACUGAAACUUGGAUUUGUUUAUAAAGAUAGCCCUGUUCUCCCAGGGGAUAAUAGGGAGAUUUACACAACCCCACAUAAAUUAAUUUCAGAGGCACUAGCAGGAUUUUACCUAUUUAAACAAAUCAAAAAAGGGAGUUUAAAAGCUGAUGAAUAUGAGGUUAUUAGGUGUAAUAAAUUUUUACAUAUGACAAGUGUAUUUACAGUAGGAUUUCUUGGUGCUAACGAUGCUUGUAUAUUGCUGAAACAUUGGUUGAUAGGUGAGAAUUUUGACCCACAGCCAUUUAUAUGGAGUAAUUACUCCCUCACAGCUGAUAAUCUAGAAAAAUUUGUAGAAUCAGUAGGUGAGAAUGAGACAUUGAAUUUUAAGAGGAUAGACAUGAGUAGGAUUGACCUAUCUUCAAUCAGUGGGAGAACAUUAGCUUUCCUUUGUAAGAUCUCUACACACUUGAUCCAUAUUGACAUGAGUCAUUGUAGUAUAUCAGGUAGUAUUAUUAAUGAAAUGAUGGAGGAAUGUUGUAGGAUGAAUGUAGCGUUGAAAGACAACAUGCUUAGUUUGGACGGUAAUAACCUUUCAGAUAUUGAUGGUAAAUCGCUUGCUAAGUUAGUCAGUGUAAUUAAUCACCUUGAUGAUGAUGAUGAUGAUGAUGAAUUUAGAUGGGGUUAUCACUCACUUACAGCUGACAAUCUAGAAAAGCUGGUUGAAUCAAUAAGUGAGAAUGAGACAUUGAAUUGGAAAAGAAUAAACAUGAGUGGGAUUAACCUAUCUUCAAUCAGUGGGAGAACAUUAGCUUGCCUUUGUAAGAUCUCUACACACUUGAUCCAUAUUGACAUGAGACAUUGUAGUAUAUCAGGUAGUAUUAUUAAUGAAAUGAUGGAGGAAUGUUGUAGGAUGAAAGUAGAGUUGAAAGACAACAUGCUUAGUUUAAAUGGUAAUAACCUUUCAGAUAUUGAUAGUAAAUCACUUGCUAAGUUACUUGAGGUAAUUUAUUGUUUUAUAUUUAAAUGGAGUGAUUACUCACUCGCAGCAAAUAAUUUAGAAAAGCUGGUUGAAUCAAUAGGUGGGAAUGAGACAUUGAAUUUGAAGAGGAUAGACAUGAGUGGGAUUGACCUAUCUUCAAUCAGUGGGAGAACAUUAGCUUGCCUUUGUAAGAUCUCUACACACCUGACCCAUAUUGAUAUGACUUGUUGUAAUUUAUCAUUUAGUAUUAUUAAUGAAAUGAUGGAGGAAUGUCGUAGGAUGAAUGUUGCGUUGAAAGACAACAUACUUCGUUUGAAAGGUAAUAACCUUUCAGAUAUUGAUGGUAAAUCACUUGCUAAUUUAGUCAGUGUAAUUAAUCACUGUGGUGAUUCCUUUAGAGGGAAUAAUUACUCUUACCGCUUAAGAGAGAGAAAUGAAAUUAAUCCCUUUGGAUUGAGAGAUUAUUCUGAUCCACAAUCUGAUAUUACGUUUAAAUGGAGUGAUUACUCACUUACAGCAAAUAAUCUAGAUAAGCUGGUUGAAUCAGUAGGUGAGAAUGAGACAUUGAAUUGGAAGAGGAUAGACAUGAGUGGGAUUAACCUAUCUUCAAUCAGUGGAAGAACAUUAGCUUGCCUUUGUAAGAUUUCUACACACCUAAUCCAUGUUGACAUGAGUCAUUGUACUUUAUCAGGUAGUAUUAUUCAUGAAAUGAUGGGAGAAUGUUGUAGGAUGAAUGUAGUGUUGAAAGACAACCUUCUUAGUUUAGGCGGUAAUAACCUUUCAGAUAUUGAUGGUAAAUCACUUGCUAAGUUACUUGAGGUAAUUUAUGGUUUUACAUUUAAAUGGAGUGAUUACUCACUUACAGCAAAUAAUCUAGAUAAGCUGGUUGAAUCAAUAGGUGAGAAUGAGACAUUGAAUUUGAAGAGGAUAGACAUGAGUAGAAUUAACCUAUCUUCAAUCAGUGGGAGAACAUUAGCUUUCCUUUGUAAGAUCUCCACACAAUUGAUCCAUAUUGACAUGAGUCAUUGUAGUAUAUCAGGUAGUAUUAUUAAUGAAAUGAUGGAUGAAUGUUGUAGGAUGAAUGUAACGUUGAAAGACAACAUGCUUAGAUUGGAUGGUAAUAACCUUUCAUAUAUUGAUGGUAAAUCACUUGCUAAGUUAGUCAGUGUAAUUAAUCACCGUGAGGAUUCCUUUAGAGAGAAUAAUUACUCUUACCGCUUAAUAAGGAGAAAUGAAAUUAAUCCCUUUGGAUUGAGAGAUUAUUCUGAUCCACAACCUGAUAUUACGUUUAAAUGGAGUGAUUACUCACUUACAGCAAAUAAUCUAGAUAAGCUGGUUGAAUCAAUAGGUGAGAAUGAGACAUUGAAUUUGAAGAGGAUAGACAUGAGUAGUAUUAACUUAUCUUCGAUUAGUGGGAGAACAUUAGCUUGCCUUUGUAAGGUCUCUACACACCUGACUAUUAUUGACAUGAGUCAUUGUAGUAUAUCAGGUAGUAUUAUUAAUGAAAUGAUGGAGGAAUAUUGUAAAAUGCAUGAAACUCAUGUUAGGUGUAAAUUAACCAAACUUGAUACAAGUAACAAUAACUUAGUUUCAAUCAACGGGAGAACAUUAGCUUGCCUUUGUAAGGUGUUUACUCACCUGACCCAUAUUGACAUGAGUCAUUGUAAUUUAUCAGGUAGUAUUAUUAAUGAAAUGAUGGAGGAAUGUUGUAGGAUGAAUGUGGUGUUGAAAGACAACAUGCUUAGUUUGGAAGGUAAUAACCUUUCAGAUAUUGAUGGUAAAUCACUUGCUAAGUUAGUCAGUGUAAUUAAUCACCGUGAUGAUUCCUUUAGAGGGGAUAAUUACUCUUACUGCUUAAGAGAGAGAAAUGAAAUUAAUCCCCUUGGAUUGAGAGAUUAUUCUGAUCCACAACCUGAUAUUACGUUUAAAUGGAGUGAUUACUCACUUACAGCAAAUAAUCUAGAUAAGCUGGUUGAAUCAAUAGGUGAGAAUGAGACAUUGAAUUUGAAGAGGAUAGACGUGAGUAGAAUUAACCUAUCUUCAAUCAGUGGGAGAACAUUAGCUUUCCUUUGUAAGAUCUCUACACAAUUGAUCCAUAUUGACAUGAGACAUUGUAGUAUAUCAGGUAGUAUUAUUAAUGAAAUGAUGGAGGAAUGUCGUAGGAUGAAUGUAGCGUUGAAAGACAACAUACUUAGUUUGAAAGGUAAUAACCUUUCAGAUAUUGAUGGUAAAUCACUUGCUAGGUUAGUCAGUGUAAUUAAUCACUGUGAUGAUCCCUUUAGAGGGAAUAAUUACUCUUACCGCUUAAGAGAGAGAAAUGAAAUUAAUCCCCUUGGAUUGAGAGAUUAUUCUGAUCCACAACCUGAUAUUACGUUUAAAUGGAGUGAUUACUCACUUACAGCAAAUAAUCUAGAUAAGCUGGUUGAAUCAAUAGGUGAGAAUGAGACAUUGAAUUUGAAGAGGAUAGACAUGAGUAGAAUUAACCUAUCUUCAAUCAGUGGGAGAACAUUAGCUUUCCUUUGUAAGAUCUCUACACAAUUGAUCCAUAUUGACAUGAGACAUUGUAGUAUAUCAAGUAGUAUUAUUAAUGAAAUGAUGGAGGAAUGUCAUAGGAUGAAUGUAGUGUUGAAAGACAACCUUCUUAGUUUGGGAGGUAAUAACCUUUCAGAUAUUGAUGGUAAAUCACUUGCUAAGUUACUUGAGGUAAUUUAUGGUUUUACAUUUAAAUGGAGUGAUUACUCACUCACAGCAAAUAAUUUAGAAAAGCUGGUUGAAUCAAUAGGUAGGAAUGAGACAUUGAAUUUGAAGAGGAUAGACAUGAGUGGGAUUAACCUAUCUUCAGUCAGUGGGAGAACAUUAGCUUGCCUUUGUAAGAUCUCUACACAAUUUAUCCACAUUGACAUGAGUGAUUGUAAUUUAUCAGGUAGUAUUAUUAAUGAAAUGAUGGAGGAAUGUUGUAGGAUGAAUGUAGUGUUGAAAGACAACAUGUUUUCUUUGAAGGGAAAUGACCUUUCAGAUAUUGAUGGUAAAUCACUUGCUAAGUUAGUCAGUGUAAUUAGUCACCCUGAUCAUGAUGAUAACUUUAUAUGGAGUGAUUACUCACUUACAGCUGAUAAUCUAGAAAAGCUGGUUGAAUCAAUGGGUAAGAGUGAGACAUUGAAUUGGAAAAUGAUAGACAUGAGUGAGAUUAACCUAUCUUCAGUCAGUGGGAGAACAUUAGCUUGCCUUUGUAAGAUCUCUACACAAUUGAUCCACAUUGACAUGAGUCAUUGUAGUUUAUCAGGUAGUAUUAUUAAUGAAAUGAUGGAGGAAUGUUGUAGGAUGAAUGUAGUGUUGAAAGACAACAUGUUUUCUUUGAUGGGAAAUGACCUUUCAGAUAUUGAUGGUAAAUUACUUGCUAAGUUAGUCCAUGGAGAAAAUGAAAUAGUCGGUGUAAUUAGUCUGUAAUUAGUCACCCUGAUCAUGAUGAUAACUUUAUAUGGAGUGAUUACUCACUUACAGCUGAUAAUCUAGAAAAGCUGGUUGAAUCAAUGGGUAAGAGUGAGACAUUGAAUUGGGGUGCGUUCGAGCCAGAAAAAUAUCCGUGCGAGGUCUGUGUAUUUACACGGAAGUUAAAUGCCGUGCGUGGCUCGAACGGGGGUAAGAUGUAAAAAACAUCUGGAACACGCUCGCCUAUUUUGACCACCAAAUUUAGGGUUAUAGAACCGUGUAUCGCUGUCAAAGGCCAUUAUCGCGACCAUUAAUCAUGUUUUAAUGACUCUACCGUCUGACGGUCAACAUGAAUGCAAUUCAACACGCGCGAAAACCAUAGGCCUGUCCAGUUUUACAAAAACAAAUG